CUUGCAACUCCUCUUCGUAACUCGCCGUAACUUGUCGUAACUUAUCAGUUUUGUCUCCAACUUGUCCCUUCCCAUUUUCAAUUCUUCCAUGAAUAUUCAAAGUCUCAUGCAUUCUGAGCUGUCACAGUCAGGACUGUCAGGUUCUGCAACCUUUUUAUUUUACUUGCACCCUGCACUGCCUUAUAUCCAAUAGGUACUUGUAUUUGUUUUAAAUAACUACCUGUAAACAGAGCAAAGCGUUCUCUUGGCUUGCUUCUAGCCCAUUCCUCAUCAUUCUUCUUUCCAUAACCCUUUCGUCUGUAUCUCGAUCAGCCUCUCAGCUGCUUUGGCGACAAGUCUACCACAUCAUAUUCUCAGCCGAUAGUUUCUGGAGCGCGGUUCCUUUAUUUUCUAUCUAAUACCUUCAACUCAACGACACCGGGGACUAGGCAAACAUGGCAACGAGCAGGAUGCGCAGGGUAGCUAAAGAGCUCUCCGACAUAAAGGCUGAUGCGGAUUUAUCCGGUAUCACUGCCCUGCCCGCCGACGGUGACGAUGACUUUACGCACCUCAAGGCUCGGAUACCUGGUCCUCCAGGCACUCCUUACGAGGGUGGGAGGUUCAUCGUGGACGUCAAGAUCCCCAACGAAUAUCCUUUUCGCCCUCCUGUUAUGAAGUUCGAUACCAAAGUCUGGCAUCCAAACAUUAGCAGUCAAACUGGUGCCAUCUGUUUAGAUACCAUAAGCUCCGCCUGGUCUCCCGUCCUCACUAUAAAGUCCACCCUUCUAUCUUUGCAGGGCCUUUUCGAAAGCCCCGAACCCAAGGACCCGCAAGACGCCGAAGUAGCCAAGAUGAUGAUAAACGACAGAGAAGCUUUCAACAAUAAGGCGCAUGAUUGGGCUGUGCGCCACGCCCGUGCCCCUCCAAAUCCCAAAUACCAAUACGUCCAGCCGCGGACCACCAUCGCGCCACAGCAGGUCGACGACAGCAGAUACCAGGGCUACAACAAGGAUCUCAUCGAUAGAUUCGUUAGUAUGGGAUUCGAUAUCGAGCGGGUUGUAGAGGCCUUCCAAUUUGUUGGUAUCGAUAGGCUUGACGGACAGGAUUAUGAGCUGGAGGAAGCGUACAUGGGUGAUAUCACAGCUCGAUUGUUAGGAGAACCCUAGUGCAACAAGAUGGUCCGACGACACGCAUGCCCAAAUCUCACUUUACCGCUAUCAUAUACCGGCUCAUCUUUCUAUUCGAGACCUCCUAUGUUAACCCACAUAAGAUUCUCAAAUAUCAGUAACAGAAUAGGGUUAUAUCAGGUGCACUCAGUAGUCAGAAAUGUCUUCACAGACUUGCAUAAGGAAUUAGGCGUCGGGGGUUCUCGGUUAGGGUGCGCUACGCUUUGCAUGAAUCAAAUUACAUGAAUUAAAUUCCUCCUUUAGCUAUGCCUCGGGGCUAUGUUUAUAUGUUUUAAUUAUAUUCGCCUUGUCUCUGGUGUGUUGAUUCCUAUGUAGCUCUAGGUGCUUGUGAUUCCUUAGGUGGGU